GGACUAGAAAAUAGAAAAAUGAAAUAAACGAAAAAACGGGAGGGGUUUCUCUCUCUAGCUGCACACACACAGCUUUCAAUCAUUUUUGAGGUAUUUUACAUAUAUCCAUACAUACAUAUAAAUAAAUCUAUACAUAUAUCGACAAAUCCAAAACACACACUAGCAAAAGAGAUAUACAACGAGAGGAGAUGAAUGCGGAUCUGGCGUCGUCGAACGCCAAUCUCGAUGAACAGAUUUCGCAGCUUAUGCAGUGCAAGCCUCUCUCCGAGCCUCAGGUGAGGGCAUUAUGUGACAAGGCUAAAGAGAUCUUAAUGAAAGAAAGCAAUGUUCAGCCUGUUAAAAGUCCUGUGACCAUAUGUGGGGACAUUCAUGGGCAGUUUCAUGAUCUUGCUGAGCUUUUUCGCAUCGGAGGAAAGUGCCCAGAUACAAAUUACCUUUUUAUGGGAGAUUAUGUCGAUCGUGGAUAUUAUUCAGUUGAAACUGUCACGCUUCUAGUGGCUCUGAAAGUGCGUUAUCAUCAACGAAUCACAAUUCUGAGAGGGAAUCAUGAGAGUCGACAGAUCACACAAGUAUACGGGUUCUAUGAUGAAUGUCUGCGGAAGUAUGGCAAUGCUAAUGUUUGGAAGAUAUUCACGGAUCUUUUUGAUUAUCUUCCACUUACUGCUCUGGUUGAAUCAGAAAUAUUUUGUCUACAUGGAGGACUGUCACCUUCCAUUGAAACACUUGAUAAUAUCCGAAAGUUCGACCGUGUUCAAGAAGUUCCACAUGAAGGCCCAAUGUGUGAUCUCUUGUGGUCUGACCCAGAUGAUCGCUGUGGUUGGGGUAUAUCUCCCCGUGGUGCUGGAUAUACUUUUGGCCAAGAUAUAUCUGAGCAGUUUAAUCAGACCAACAGUCUGAAGCUUAUUGCUAGAGCUCAUCAGCUGGUCAUGGAAGGAUUUAACUGGGGACAUGAGCAAAAGGUGGUUACUAUAUUUAGUGCACCAAAUUAUUGUUAUCGUUGCGGAAACAUGGCAUCAAUAUUGGAGGUUGAUGACUGCAAUGGCCAUACGUUUAUUCAGUUUGAUCCAGCUCCGAGGAGAGGAGAACCUGAUGUAACCCGAAGAACACCAGAUUACUUCUUAUAAACCAAGUUGGUAAAGCUUCAAAGGAUGUUGGUGUCUGCAUGCUAGCUGGAAUAAGUGGUGGCAGGGCAUCUGUAAAAGAAAUUAAAGAUUGCAAGUUGUGUAGCUUUUGAAUCUUGGUUUGCAGACUCGAGAGGUCUAAGAACAUAAGAAGAGUGAAUGAAGUAUCAGAUAAUUUUUAAUUUAAUGUAAGCUAUAGGCUUUUAGUACUGAGGCAACUGUAGCUGGCAAGGCAGUUAUGUAAAAUUUUAAAGACAAUUUCAUAAUAUGUAUCUUUCCUUGAAUUUUGUUUUUGUUUUUCAUUAUAAUAUCUUUUUAUUAUUUCA